AUGAAAGAGACUAUACAAGGGACCGGGUCUUGGGGGCCUGAGCCUCCUGGACCCGGCAUAGCCCCAGCUUUUUCAAGUCCCAGGCGGGAGCGUCUUCGUUGGCCCCCACCCCCCAAACCCCGACUCAAAUCAGGUGGAGGGUUUGGGCCAGACCCUGGGUCAGGGACCACAGUGCCAACCAGACGCCUCCCUGUCCCUCGGCCCUCUUUUGAUGCCUCAGCUAGUGAAGAGGAGGAGGAAGAAGAGGACGACGAAGAUGAAGAUGAGGAGGAGGAAGUGGCAGCUUGGAGGCUGCCCCCCAGAUGGGGUCAGCUGGGAGCUUCCCAGAGGCCUCGCCCUCCCCGCCCUACUCAUCGGAAAACCUGUUCACAGCGCCGUCGCAGAGCUAUGAGAGCCUUCCGGAUGCUGCUCUACUCAAAAAGCACCUCGCUGACAUUCCACUGGAAGCUUUGGGGGCGCCACCGGGGACGGCGGCGGAACCUCCCACACCCCAAGAACCAUCUUUCACCCCGGGAAGGGGCCAUGACACCACAGGUGCCAUCCCCUUGCUGUCGUUUUGACUCCCCCCGGGGACCACCUCCACCCCGGCUGGGUCUGUUAGGUGCUCUCAUGGCUGAGGAUGGGGUGAGAGGAUCUCCACCAGUGCCCUCUGGGGCCCCCAUGGAGGAAGAUGGAUUAAGGUGGACUCCAAAGUCUCCUCUGGGCCCUGACUCCGGUCUCCUCUCUUGUACUCUGCCCAAUGGCUUUGGGGGACCACCUGGGCCAGAAGGAGAGCGAAGUCUGGCACCCCCUGAUGCCAGCAUCCUCAUCAGCAACGUAUGCAGCAUCGGGGACCACGUGGCCCAGGAGCUUUUUCAGGGCUCAGAUGUGGGCACUACAGAAGAGGCCGAGCGGCCUGGGGAGAAAGCUGGCCAGCACAGCCCUCUGCGGGAGGAGCAUGUCACCUGUGUGCAGAGCAUCUUGGAUGAAUUCCUUCAGACUUACGGCAGCCUCAUCCCCCUCAGCACUGAUGAGGUAGUGGAGAAACUAGAGGACAUUUUCCAGCAGGAAUUCUCUGCACCUUCCAGGAAGGGCCUGGUGCUGCAGUUGAUCCAGUCAUACCAACGGAUGCCAGGCAAUGCCAUGGUGAGGGGCUUCCGAGUCACGUAUAAGCGGCAUGUGCUGACCAUGGAUGACCUGGGGACUUUGUAUGGACAGAACUGGCUCAAUGACCAGGUGAUGAACAUGUACGGAGACCUGGUCAUGGAUACAGUCCCUGAAAAGGUGCAUUUCUUCAACAGUUUCUUCUAUGAUAAACUCCGUACCAAAGGUUAUGAUGGGGUGAAAAGGUGGACCAAAAACGUGGACAUCUUCAAUAAAGAGCUCCUGCUAAUCCCCAUCCACCUGGAGGUGCAUUGGUCUCUCAUCUCUGUUGACGUGAGGCGGCGCACCAUCACCUAUUUUGAUUCGCAGCGCACCCUGAACCGCCGCUGCCCUAAGCAUAUUGCCAAGUAUCUGCAGGCAGAGGCAGUGAAGAAAGACCGGCUGGAUUUCCACCAGGGCUGGAAAGGUUACUUCAAAAUGAAUGUGGCCAGGCAGAAUAAUGACAGUGACUGUGGCGCCUUUGUGUUGCAGUAUUGCAAGCACCUGGCCCUGUCUCAGCCAUUCAGCUUCACUCAGCAGGACAUGCCCAAACUUCGUCGGCAGAUCUACAAGGAGCUGUGUCACUGCAAACUCACUGUGUGA